AUGGCAGGUGAAUUGUCCGAUCUCACCUCUACCCUGGCGUCCGCUCUGGCAAAUCAUCCAGAUCCCGACAAGAUCCCAUUUUCCGAGCGCAUGCAGCUUGUGGGAAUUGUCAAUAGAUUGCAAGAAGCAUUGGAACCUCCACAACUGCCUCUCCAACGAAUUUGUUUCUCGCACUAUGGUAUCGCCGUUAUUCGCAUAUCCCAGGGGAUGGGGGUCUUUGAUGCAUUCGUUGAAGCUCAAGGAGCAGAGUUGUCACUAGAAGAACUGUCCUCCAAAGUAAAGGGGGACAAGAACCUGCUGAAACGUAUCAUGCGCUUUUUGUCCGCCCAUAAUAUUUUCAAGCAAACAGCAUGUGGAUCUUAUAAGCCAAUGCCUCUGGCAAUGACAUUGGGAAAUGGGUCACCUCCCGGAGACAUGAUCAAACACUUCCACAACAAUAUGCAGGUAACUGUGAAGCUCUUUGAUUACUUUGAAUUAAAUGGCUACCAAAGCCCAGACGACGCAAGUCAUGCACCCUUUCAACUUGCAUAUAAUACCGAGAGCCACUAUUUCGAAUGGCUGAGCCAAAACGCCGACAAACAAGAAGUAUUCAACUCUGUCAUGACUCAAAGCCAACAACAUCGCGGCGCAGACUGGUUUGAAAUAUAUCCAGUGCAAGAAAAGCUACAUGCGUCCCCGGAUCAAGUUUUACUGGUUGAUAUCGGUGGCGGUGUCGGCCAUGAUAUUAUCGCGUUUCAGAAGCGAUUUCCAAAUCUCACUGGAAAGCUCGUCUUACAGGAUCUCCCUCAGGUCAUCAAUACCAUCAAGGAUCCCCUUCCCGGGGGAAUUUCGGCUAUUGGUCACAACAUGUUCGAGCAACAACCUAUCAAUGGCGCCGUUGCGUACUAUAUGAGAACUGUUUUACACGACUUCCCGGACAAGCAAGCUCUUGAUGCUCUCGCACGGAUCCACGAUGCCAUGACUCAGGACUCUUUCUUGUUCAUUCAUGAACAUAUAAUGCCUGAUAGCUCUGAUGUUCCUCCAAUUGCGGCAACACUCGAUAUACAUAUGAUGGAAAUCUUUUCCUCGCUGGAACGAACCGAGAAGGAGUGGGUGACUCUUUUGGAAAGCGCUGGAUUUAGGGUGGCAAAGGUCUGGAAAGAAGACUCGUUCGGCCAGUCCACUGCUCUCUUUGAAGCCAAGUUGCAAUGA